AUGAGUGUGAUAUCAGUAUUAAAUAAUUUUAAUAGAGGUUUUUUGAUAUUCGGUAUUGGUUGUAUCAACUACGGCCAAAGAAAUUUUAAGACGAUUUGGAUGUUUUAUUUUUUACGAUAUCUAUUAACUUCUGUUGGUUUCCACGAAUUUUACAAAUUCAACUUAUGGCUUUCAAAAAAUGAUCAGGAAGUAUCCGAAGUAACGUCGCUAGUAAUUAUCACCUGUUAUGAGGUGGUAUUUAUUGGAAAAUUCAUAUCAAUUAUAUGGCGUAUAUUUUUUGAUAAAAAACUGUCCACCAUAUUGACAAAGCUUGAAAAAAUUCACGAAAAGUUGAUUCGCUUGAAUGUGGCAGGCUCAAUGAAAAUAAAAAUGAAUUGGUUUUUCAUUAUUGGAAUUACUGUAUAUGUUAUAGCAAGUAUAACAUCUCUUUUAAUAUGGAUAAAAAUUAAUAUCAAAAAUGUAUUAAUAAUUGAUUUGGUUCCUUGGAUAUGUUUAUUUGUUUGCGAAUGUAGUUCAUUUUAUGAAUACAUACUACUAAUAUUAUACAUACGGUGGAUGGUGUACAUGGUAAAUGAAAACAUUUUGGAAAGAAAAUCAUGUUUAAGUACAUUCAGAGAUAUGUAUUUGGAAGCUGUAGAAUGCUUAAACGAUGUCAAUAAAUCAAUUUAUGGUUUACCGGGAAUUUUAGCAUAUAUUACAGGAAAUAUUUGUGAUAUCAUUAAAAUGAUAUACAGUCAUAUGUUAUUCCCCAGGAACUAUAAUCUUCACGAUGGUUAUUAUUCUGCAUUUGCUAUUAUUGGAUUUUUAUUAAAAACGGCCAAUGUUAUUAUAUUAUACGGAGUUGGUCACAUAACAGAAAAAGAGGUUAACCGAAUGAGUAUUGUCUUACAUCAACGGUCCUUAAUAGAAAGAAACCCUAGAAUAAAACGUCAGAUCAAGAUUUUUAUACUACGAGGAUUGCAUGAAUACUAUCGUUUUGAGUUGUAUGGAAUAUGUCAAAUUAAUCGAAGACAGCUACUUAUCUUAGUUAACAAAACAUUUGCUUAUUUAAUAAUUCAAAUUCUGUUCAAAUUA